AUGUCGAUGCAAAUACCAUCUUCUAGCAGAUUGAAUUUUACCCAUGAUUAAAUGGAAUACAUCAAGUAGAUAUUUUGUAAAGAGUUUGGUGAAGAUACAACUGAAUACUAGAUGCGUAAAAAACAUCUAGAUUAGAACCCUGGAUCCAUUUUUAUAGAUGAGCAAUUUCCUCCUGAUAGAGAAUCCCUUUGCAACAAUUGGGACGAUAUUACAGACUAAGCUACUUUAAAGUCUUGGUCACAAAUUACAUGGCUUAGACCAAAAGAUUUUUUGAAACUUGCUCCAGGAGAAUAGAUAAAAUUAUUUGACACUAUUGAACCAAACGAUAUUAAAUAAGGUAUUUUAGGUGAUUGCUAUUUUUUAUCAUCAUUAAGCUCUCUAGCAGAAAGAGAAAUGCUUAUUAAGAGAUUAUUUGAAACUAAGACUUACCAAGAAAAUGGUCUUUAUGCAAUCUGGUUAAAUAUUGAAGGAGAAUGGAGAUGCAUCGUCGUCGAUGAUCACAUUCCUUGUAAAAAUAAAUAACCUGCAUUCACUAGAUCUAAUGGAAAUGAAUUGUGGGUACUUUUAUUGGAAAAAGCAUACGCAAAAGCCUAUGGUUCCUAUUACAAAAUUGAAGGUGGUAAUCCAGCAGUUGCUCUCAGAGAUUUAACAGGUGCCCCAUAUGUCAAUUUUGAUGAAAAAGAACCAGAUAGCAUGUUUAAUUUCUUAUUUGAGCAUGAUAAGUCAGGAAGAGGUGAUAUACUUACAUGCUACACACCUUCCACUGAAAUUAGAGAAGCUCAGUUAGAUGUUGGUCUUUAUUCAGGACAUGCUUACUCAAUAUUAGAUGUCCAAAAAAUUAAGACACAAGAUGGCAAAGAACAUCGCAUCCUUCAAAUUAGAAAUCCAUGGGGUAAAGGUGAAUGGAAAGGAGAUUGGGCAGAUAAUGAUGAAAAAUUGUGGAAUAAAUACACAAUGAGCCAAGUUCCUAGUUUCAAAAGAGAAGAAGAUGGUUCAUUUUGGAUGAGUAUUUAAGAUUUUUGCAAGUACUUUGAAGGUGUUGGUGCAUGCUAAAUUUAGGAAUCAGCAAAAUAUAACUCUAUUUCAUUCAAAUUAGCUUAAAGCAAUUAGGCAAUUAUAAAACUUUAGGUUUUGAAGAAAUCCAAGCAUUUAACUGUUUCUCUUAACCAAAAAGAUAUGCGUCAUUACAAUAAUGAUGAAUCAAAAUAUAAAUAUUCUUUUGCAACUUUCAUCCUAGUUAAAAGAGAGUAGAAUGGAUCUAUUAAAUGGAUAGGAGGGGAAUUCGAUGUUGAAAGAAAUAUUGCAAUUAGAUAAUACAAUUUAGAUGAGGGUGAAUAUUACAUUCUAACCGAAGUCAUGUGGUGUUAAAAUCAUUAUAGAAACUUAAUAGUUAGUUGUUAUGCUGAGCAAGAAACAAAGUUUUCUUUGAUUCAAGAGGGUAUGGACUUCGACAAGUUUAUGUGUUAAGCAAUUAAAUCAUAUUGCACAGAAAACGUAAAGUUUUCCGUUGGAAACCCAAACUCAAAGAUAAAAAUCAAUAAAUAUAAUGGCGAUUAAAUUGGUAGAAUUUAUGGCUCUGACAUGGGUCUUCUUUUCUUCUACUUCUACAAUUUCUCAUGGAACACCAGUUUAUACUAAAAGCUUUCUUUCACAAAAUUGCUAGGGUAUUCUCUUCCUAAAGAAUAUUAAGAUAAAGAUAACAUAGAAAUAGCGAUUCCACCACAAAAAGAGCAAGUGCUUGUUUUGAAAUUUAGUGCCACACAAGACUACAGAACUGAAUAUAGCUUUAAAUCCAGUAUGUAAAUGAUGAAUAAGGAAUAAUGCCCUAUAAAUCCCAAUCCAUCUGUUUUCCUUACCGAAAUAUGGUAAAACGAAAUUAAAGAAGAGAAAAACACUGCUGCUAAAGAUAGAAAAUUGCAAUCAACUAACUUCAGUCUUGGUUAUCAAACUGUUGAUAACACCUCAUCAGUUUCAGUCAUGAAGUUUGAAAUCAAUCUCAUUAAUUCUCUAGCUGCCUUAGUAGCUCCAUUUGUAAAUGAUUGGGCUAGUAACAUAUUUAGAAUUACUCUACUAUACAUAUUCUACCUCCUUAUAUUUAGCUAUGAUACUUGCAAUUUCUUAGACAUGGUCUUAAUUAUGAGCUGCUAUAUACUCUUCUAUUGCCAAGUUAUGACCAGAAAAAGACUUAGAAGAUUUACUUUACUCUUUUUAGUUUCUAUAACGCUUUCAGUUGUUUGGUUUAUCAUCUAUCCAUCCAAAUGGAACUCAGUUGAUGCUUAAUUUGAUAUGAUAGGUAAAGCCAUGACUUACUUUAUCCCGAUCAUGUAGCUAGUCUUCAUUUUCCUUAAAUCUUAUGUAUGCCUGUUUUAUUGGAAACUUUUUGUCAAUUACGAUGAGCUAAUUCAUGAUGUUUACAAUCGCUUUAAUUUGGAUCUAAAGAAAGAAAUUAUUAGCAGAGUUUGA